GGCUUGCGGUCUUUCGCAAUCGAUAGUUGCAAGUCUGUUCUCUGUACAAGCCCACGCGAACGCCACUGAACUUUUCUCAUUUGGUCACUGAAUUUUUGCCAUAACACUGGCGCCUAAAAACGUGCUCGGAACUAUGCUACUUUUUUCUUUAGGACUCAGAACUGCUAGGCUACCUGGAAUCUGUCGCAGGCCAGGAUUCAAAUCUGACUUUAGAAUUUUUUCGAAACAAUUUUCUAAUCCUGCUUCCAGAAUAUCGAGACCUUUCAGUAUCCUUCCCAUCACAAACUCAUCUCAUCCCAGAAGUCUGAUCACCUCUGCUUCCCCUCAGAAUGAUGUUACAAACAGAGUCUAUAGCCAUCCUCCUGUUAAGUUAGACUCAUCCUCAGAAUCCAAGCUCAGUGACAUUAAGCGUCGACCAGUUUGCCUGAGCAGCCACUGUUUUUCAAGUUUAUUCCCGAAUAUUGCAGCAUUCGUCCAAGAUGGGUUCUACUCUUUUUCAAGCGAUCGAGAUCCGAGCUUGUUCGGUGUUCUUUUGGUUGAUCGAAGCAUGCGUGAAAAGUUUCACAUCGUCUCAUACGAGAUCAAGCAACUAGACGAUGAGUACCUUCGAAAGAGCGUUCGAUCUGCUACGCAAAAACGAAGAAAAUUGGAAGAGAAAGGAUGGUUUAAAAUGAAGAGCGACUCAGCUUUUAGACUCGUCAAUGGGGCCGAAGACGGCUUACCAUACCUCACAAUUGAUAUCUAUGCGGGUCACGCAUUUGUUGUUGUCUAUAGUGCGCAUUGGCUGCCUACUUUGAGCACCGUCGCAAGCGCUUGUCUUGCGAAUAUAGAUUUUGUCAAAAAUGUUCAUGUUCAAACACGAAUUCGCGGUGGCCUUGCUCAGCAAAUUCCAUCCGUGGCUGGUGGGAAAGAAUGCAACUCUGCAGCAAAUGCACUCGUAUUCAAGGCCGAGAGGGAUGCGAGUGACGAGCUUAGCCAAAAAGUGGCAAAUAACCUACAGCAACAAGAAAGAAUAUAUAACCAUCUCAUAGGCGACCAAAACCCGGACAAUCUAAUCGUCACUGAAUCAGACGUUCAAUUUAACGUUCGACUGAAAGAAAACCCCCUCACAACGGGCCUGUACUUGGACCAGUGCGACAAUAGGAAAAAACUUACUCAGCAAGUGAUUGAAUUGGUUCGCGAUCAUGAUUGCGACUCGGUCACUAUUCUUUCUACCUUUGCUCACACUUGCGCGUUCUCAUUGGCGAUCUCGGCAAUGAUACGAAAACUUGGAUAUCGGGUACAAUCAGUGAAUAUUGACACAAGUAUCGAUGUUUUAGAAUGGGGAAAACGGAAUUUUACGCUCAACCAAUUCUCAGUUGAUGGUCAACAAGACCAUCAGCUUGUCAAAGAAGAUGUCUUCAGUGUCUUGCCGAAGUAUUUAGACAAUAACCAAAAAUUUGAUAUUGUCAUCCUCGAUCCGCCUCCAGUUUCCUUUCAUACGAGGGUAGGUAUUUUUAAUACAAGUAAACAUUACGAAAAACUGGUGAGCAUGGCGGCACCAUUGGUGAAAAAGCCCGGGUUGCUGGCCUGCUUUAGCACAGUUCAAAAUCAGAAGCGAAGGGCCUGGAUCAAAAAGGUUUUUGAGGGUAUUUCUCAUCCUCAAAAUGGAAAAAAAGAGCGGCACAGCGAAUGGCGUGUGCUGGAGUACUUAGAGGAAGCACGACACUUUCAUCCGAACGAAAAAAAGACAAGGGUUAGAAGCCGUUUUAAAGGAGUUGUUUUGAAACAUUUCGCUUCCUGAAGCCAGCAAAUUGGUUCGAGUAGAGAAUAUGAAUCGUGGAUGACCUCUCAAUUUCCUAGCCAGUGAAAAAGGGAAGGUUGGCACCUUUUUUUCGCCCCUAAGCGAAAGUACUAAAAAGGUGAUAAUUCGUUAUCGCGGCGAUGUGAAUGUGUCGGAUUUUUUUUGACUGGAGAGUAAAUUUAUCAAAUGCGUCACAAAAUGUCAGAGCCGAAUAAAAAGUGAAUUUUUUUUUUUGUUG